AGAACAAUGUCUGCUAUUCCUAUUACCUCAACUCCUACCUCUCGACCCCGAAAGGAGUACAAAGUGGUCGAGCAUCUAUGUAAAGGAUCUUUUGGGCAGGUGCACCUCUGCGAGCUCACCAGGAAUCCCUCGGUCAAGGUUGCUGUUAAGGAAGUCGCAGUUUCUGGGAAAUCUCGGAAAAACCUGACAGCUGUCCAAAAGGAGUACAAAAUUCAUAGGAGACUGUCAAAGAUUGGACACGAAAAUGUGAUCCAAAUGAUGAAAAUGAUCGAAACCCCCAAGUUCUACAGUUUGGUAAUGGAGUACGCCGAUGGAGGGGAUCUUUUCGAUGAACUUAAAGAGCAGGAAAAGUUCUCCAGAAAAGAUGCACAUUCCUAUUUCAAGCAGCUAAUUAAAGGGCUCAAAUUCAUCCAUGAGCAAGGAAUUGUGCAUCGGGACAUCAAGCUCGAGAACUUGCUUCUUGUAUAUUCAGAGUCCGAAGAUGAUCCAGGAACUCUGAAGAUCACAGAUUUCGGAUUGGCAACUAAAUACCGAAAGGAUGGAGAGGAGAUCAUGUUGAGCGAGGAUUGCGGGUCUAAGCCCUAUGCAGCGCCAGAAGUCUGCACAGGGAACGAUUAUCGGGGGCCACCCGUCGAUAUCUGGUCGGCUGGAGUCGUUUUGAUGACGAUGCUUGUUGGGGAGCACUCUUGGAAAGUUGCAAAUAAAGAAAAAGACGCGGCCUACAGCAACUGGAUCAAUGCAAAAGACGAAAAGGCGAACCUGUGGAAUGUGAUCUCCGGACCAACGACGGCGCUUCUUCGCAAACUUCUCCAUGCGAACCCCGAAAAAAGGGCAACAAUGGCGAAAAUUGAAGCGGAUCCAUGGUUCCGGUACAAUUAUGGAAAACGUGUGGUGCCCAAAAGCGAGGAGGAACCGGCAAAACGAGCCUGUCAUUCUUCCAUAUAAUCAAUGGGAGAGCAGACAAAAUAAUUCGAAGAAUUUUUAAAAAUUGAUUAAAAAACAACAAAAAACCGAAAAUUUAUAAAAUCCAAAAAAAUCUCUGUUCUAUUAUUUUUCGUCAUUUUUCGUCAUUUUUCGUCAUCAAAAAAAGUGUCCGUUGUCUACCCGAAUCUUCAAAAAAUGUUCGCCAAGCAAUCUGGGAAGUCUACGAGUCAUAGAAAUAUCUUAUAUACUAUUUCUGCCAAUUAAUUUUUCAUUUAAUAAAUCAUGCCU